AUGUGGAGCUGCCCGCUCAACGGCACCGGCGGCGACGACCCGCUGCCCUGCCUGCACGUCCAGCGGGCGCUGUCCGCACUGUCGCUGCUCUACCUGCUGGGUGGCGUCCCCCUCGGCCUGGGCUACAACGCGCUGCUGCUGCUGGCCAACCUGCACGACCCGGGCGGCAUGACCAUGCCCGACGUCUACUUCGCCAACAUGGCGGCGGCGGGGCUGCUGCUCUGCGCCCUGGCGCCCGCGCACCUACUGGGCCCCGGCACGACCGGCGGGGCCGCCUGGGACCUGGGCAGCGAGGUGCACGUCUCGCUGCUGGUGCUGUUCAAUGUGGCGGCGCUGGUGACGCUCUACUCCACGGCACUGCUGGGCCUGGACUGCUAUAUCGAGCGCGCGCUGCCACGCACCUAUAUGUCCAGUGUCUACAACACCCGGCACGUGUGCGGCUUCGUCUGGGGCGGCGCCCUGCUCGCCGGCUUCUCCUCCCUGCUCUUCUACAUCUGCAGCCACGUGGCCGCGAGGCUGGUGGAGUGCUCGCGGAUGCGGGACGCGGCGGCGGCCGACGCCAUCAUGUUGCUCGUCGGCUACCUGGUGCCCGGCCUGGCCACGCUCUACGCGCUCGUGCUCCUGGCGCGGGUCCGCAAGGAGGACACACCGCUCGACCAGGACGCGGGCCACCCGGACCCCUCGGCGCACAGGCUGCUGGUGGCCACCGUGUGCACGCAGUUUGGGCUCUGGACGCCCCACUACCUGACGCUCCUGGGGCGCACGGUUUUGGCAGCGCGGGGAAAGCCAGUGGAUGGGCACCAUGUGGGGACGCUGCUCCUUGCCAAGGACCUGUCCAGGUUCCUGGCCUUCGCCAGCAGCGCUGUGGUGCCGCUUUUGUACCGCCACCUGGACAGAAACUUCCCCGGCAAGCUCCGGAGACUGAUGAAGAAGCUGCGCCGUGGGCACCAGAGCUGCUCCCCGGACCAAACGGGGGCACAGCCGGUGACGGCAUAGACCCAGCGGGGGCACAGCCAGUGACGGCACAGACGCU